CUUACGCAUUAAUUUCACGCGAUUUAAAACUCCUAUGUUCUUAUUUCGAUGAACAGUGAUGAUAAUGAUAUCAACUUCCUAAUCUCUGCAGCAGUUGCAAACCACCCUGCUCCGUCAUGUCCGAUUCCCAAUCACGACCAGUUUCCCUGACACGGUAUCGCGUUGCCGCAGCCUACGCUCUGGUAUACAUCCACAAUAAUAUCCUUUUCCCCUCAUCGCCCCAAACCCCUCUACGAACCGACGAAAGCGAUGUCAAGCAACUAGAACGUCAGAAUGGCACCGAGGACGGGCGUCGCGUGGAGAGCGGCCUCCUCCCAUCCCUCUUGGCUACGCGCGAUCAACUGAUGGAGGAAGUCGGCCGCAUGCGCGAGAUGAUGGAGGAGACAUUCCUGGAGUCAUUCCUCGCUCUGGAUUUUCCGUCGGCGCAUACAAUCGAGGAAGGGAGUGCGGAGAGGAACUAUCUCAUCGAGCAGCUGCAGCGGCGGGGGAUUUCGCGUACGGGGAUCGAGAGGGCGCUGGCACGGUUCAAUGAGGACGACAACUACGGCGAGGAGCUUCGACGGCGGCGCCAGAAUGGAGAGCGGGAGUCGACGGUGGUCGACGAUCAGAGCUCGUCUCCGGCGCAGGAAGGCCAGAAUCUCCUGAACCUGCUAUACCACAUUGCGGAGGAUCAGUCUAGACGAGAUGGCUAUAUCCACCGACAGGUGACGUGUAAUAGCUGCGGUGCCAUGCCCAUUCAAGGCAUACGGUAUCGGUGCGCAAAUUGCAUUGACUAUGACCUGUGCGAGACCUGUGAGGCGAUGCAGGUGCACAUCAAAACUCAUCUCUUCUACAAGUCGCAGCCGGUGUGCCUGCCACGCGCGCUGGCGAAGCGUUUGAUGAAGGAGACCAAUUUUGAGAACACGGAAUUGGACGCUCUCUGGGACCAGUUUAGGUGCUUAGCGAGCUAUGAGUGGCCAGACGACCCGAACAAGUUGUGCAUGGCUAUCGAUCGCAAAACGUUUGAUCGUUGUUUUGUGCCGCAUACUUCCAUCCGUCCUCCGCCCCCAAGCCUCAUCUACGACCGCAUGUUUGCGUUCUAUGACACGAACAAUGAUGGAUUGAUCGGGUUUGAAGAAUUCCUCAAGGGUUUGGCCAGCUUAAAUAACAAGAGCAAUGACGAAAGGUUGCGGCGAGUGUUCCGUGGCUACGACAUUGAUGGAGAUGGCUACGUGGAGCGCAAGGAUUUCUUGCGGGUUUUCCGUGCAUACUACGCUCUCAGCCGGGAGCUAACUCGCGACAUGAUUGCUGGUAUGGAAGAUGACUUUCUCGAGGGAGGCGCACGAGAUGUCGUGCUUGGAAGUCAGCCCGUCAGCUCGGCAUUCCCUGGCAGUAUUCCUUCCGGGGAGCCAUCAAGGACUGGGGAAGGGAAGCGCUUGAAUUCCGAAGGAGAUCUUGAAAUCGUGGAUAACCAGGGUAUAUUACGUCAAGAUGGCACCGACACAGGCGACCGACACGCUGUUGUAGGGGAGGCAGCUGUCCGGGCCAGAUGGGGAUCCAGAGGGCCUCUGUUUCCCGCACAACUGACAGCACAGGCAAACUCGACUGCCGCAGAUUCCAGGCGCGGAGAUUCGAAUGUUCCUCGUUCAAGCGAUGCACAACAAGGGAACGACGAAGAUGCCAGCUCCGAUGAGGACGGGUCCAGCUCCUCAGUGGCUAGUGACUGGCCCGGCACGGAGAACAUUCUUGAGCAAGAUAUUGUCAACGCUCUCGGGACUCCUGUCCCUCUUCAAGAGGUCACUGACCCUGAGGACAGAGAACGCGUUGCUGAUGUUGUCUUUCGUAGAAUGCGCGAUGACCACCACAGACUCCUGACCGACGUCCGCAGGGAUGGCAUUGAUGAGCGCUGGAGACGGAGGGCCUUCUACACGGAUGUAGAAGAUGGUGCCACUGCUCCUGAAGGCUAUGUGAGCGAUCCUGAUGUCGACCAUCUGUCCGAGGAUGAGCAUGCUCCCGGCCACCCUUCAGCUCUCGAUUCCCACCCUCCAUCCCCCCGCUCUCGGUCGUCGUCCAAGGUACGGUUCCAGGACGACCUCACUGAUGACUACGAUGUCAGAUCCAAUCCCUCUACUUCGUCUCGCAGCAUCCCUGUAGGCGAGCGGUGGGGCGGGUUUGAGAUCCCCGAGGUCGAGAAAGACGUCGGGAAGGAGAUCUUGUAUCAGGUAACGCAGCAGGGGUUCAACGAACUCCUUGACAUCUUAUUCAAGCCAAAGGAAGAUCUGCUCAUGGAAGCCUAUCGGACCCGCACAGAGCGCAAAAUCUGGGCUCGCGAGAUCGAACUCGCGGAGAUGAUGGACCCUAAGAAACGGAUGGCCCAGGAGGGUGGGACGGCAACCGACGAAGAAGUGCAGGAACUCCUGAAUCGGUCCGGUUAUUCUUUGCGAAGCCCACAGUUGGAGCCUCUUCAUCAUAGUCCAGAUUUAUCCGUGCGUCCAACACUGGGGAGCCCUGAGAGUGUACAACCUGUGCACCUCGCCGAUCCUGAAGAAGACGACGAUUUGGUUGAUUCUGCUCCAGCCGAGGAGAGGGUCGAAGAAACCGCGGCUGCGAAUGAGCCCGCUCGCUCCUUGACGCCCGAGUUCCAGGCCGCGACAGAAGCCAGCUCACUCCGUGACAUGCCGGACUACGAUCCGACACUACCACAGUUUCGACCGAACGAAGAACUAGAAGCUCCACGAGGAGUGCCCGGCCUACCGGUUCCCGACCUGGACAACUCACUCUUCGUCCCUAUGACUUCUCUCUCGCAAACCGACCUGCAGCAACAGCAGCAGGAUCUCCCAGCGGAGCUUCCUGCAUCUUCUUCAUCCUCCCUCCCGCGACGUCAUGGCCCCACGCUUCCUCCGUCCACGCUGACGCUUACUCGCUGGGCAUACCUGAACCAGAUAGAGCGGGAGGCGAAGGAACGCGGCGGUACUGGCGCCAAGCUCAACUUUGAGGAGUUGGCGUUUGUGGCGAGCUGGAUUGAGAUGGCUAGUUUUUAGUCUGUAUCUCUUGUAUAAUAAUGAGGAAGGAAAAACAGGCGCUAUUGCUACAAAUGGUUGCAUCUUACGGUAUUGUAGGUGGAUUAGGUGAAUAAAAUCAAUACCC